UGCCACGUAAUAGCUGCGCGAGCGGCCGUGUCUCACGGAUCUUCUAACCACCGUAGCGCAGCUCGAGCUCGCGCACACCGGGAGCCCAGACCACACUGUGAGCGUGACCGGAUCCAUGGGCGCAUCGCAGAGCGUGGACGUGCCCGGCGGCGGCUCGGAGGGCUACCACGUCCUCAGGGUGCAGGAAAACUCUCCAGGAUAUCGGGCAGGAUUGGAGCCUUUCUUCGACUUCAUCGUGUCCAUCAAUAAUACCAGACUGAACAAGGAUAACGACACUCUGAAGGACCUGCUGAAGGCCAACGUGGAGAAACCGGUGAAGAUGCUGGUGUAUAGCAGCAAGACCCUGGAGCUGCGUGAGGCAACAGUUACCCCUAGCAACAUGUGGGGUGGCCAGGGCCUUCUGGGGGUCAGCAUUCGUUUCUGUAGCUUCGAGGGGGCCAAUGAGAACGUCUGGCAUGUGCUGGAGGUAGAGCCCAAUUCCCCAGCCGCCCUUGCAGGUUUGAGGCCACACACAGACUACAUUAUUGGAGCAGACACUGUGAUGAAUGAGUCAGAGGACUUAUUCUCAUUGAUAGAAACCCAUGAGGGUAAAGGAUUGAAACUCUACGUUUACAACACAGACACUGACAGCUGCAGAGAAGUCGUCAUAACCCCCAACAGUGCCUGGGGCGGAGAGGGAAGUCUGGGUUGUGGUAUUGGCUAUGGUUACCUGCAUCGCAUCCCCACGCGACCCUUUGAGGAGGGAAAGAAGAUCAGCUUCCCUGUACAUCCUCCCUCAGAGCCGGUCAGCCCCCUGAAGGACGGCUUCACUGAGGUUCAGUUGUCUGCAGUAACCCCGCCUCCUGGCACACCACCUGCCCCCACUGGACUUGAGGAUGGUCUGUCUGGCCUUUCUGUCAGCUCGGCCCCGCCCUCCAUACUCUCUGUCAGCUCGGCCCCACCCUCCGUACCUCCUGAGCUUCACACAGGUGUGCCCACAGUCCCUCUGCUGCCCUCUCAGGUUACCCAGGCCCUGGGCAGCCUGUCCUCAGUCAGCACUGCGACUACACUGCCAGGGUUGAUGCCGUUACCCGCUGGCUUGGCCCCCCUACCCAACCUGAAUAUUUCGCUUCCAGGCCUCAGCACUGUCUCCUUAGCUGGAAUCCCUGGACUUGCUCCUUCCACUACAGGUUUGCCACCUUUGCCCCCUCUGCACCUUCCUGGCAUCACUCCCCUGCCCACCGCGAUGCCCACCAGCCUGGCCUGUGGGCCUCGGGUCUCCCUGCCCAUCACGGCACCGACCGUCUCUGUAAAGGCCAGCCAGACGCCAGCGCUGAUCCUGGAUGCUACACCCCCCCCUGCACUCACCAACACGUCCACAGAGACGCCUGUUACCACAGAUACGUUCGCUGCCACAGAAUCCACCUUCCAUGAGACAACAGAGACCAGUACACCAGCUACCCCACAGUCGUCAUAACCAGAAACGUCAGUGACGUUCUGGAAAGGUCUCUCCCUCUCUCUCUCUCACUCUCUCACACACACACACACACACACACACUGUCUUUCUGUUCCUGUAUAUCAAAUGUAUUUAUUCAGUCUAAAAAUAUCCACAGGGUAGAAACAUACACAGCUAAAUCCCAGAACCCACUAGAGUGGUCAGGUCUCCUGGAAAACGCUGUAACACACACACACACUCGCGUGCAGCAGGACUAGUGGAGCCUUUCCUUUCUCUCUGGAUUUUUUUUUCUUCUCCUCGGCACUUUUGGAAUGUUGGUCUAGUUUAAUUAAAUUCUGUUCUGUUACCUGUAUUGAUUGUAUCUUCUGUUAGCUGUUAGAUGUAUUGAUCUUCUGCUCCCUUGCUGUAGUCUGAUUCCACACUUCUGCUUUGAACUUCUGCACACACUUUCUGAAGUUGAGUGGUCUGUGUGUGUGUGUGUGUGUGUGUCCCCUCUCAGUGAGAUGUCUUUUGGUUUAGGUUUACACAAACCUAAAGGUAGGACCGUGGGGGGUAGUGACUGGUGAGCUUGUGCAGGUUGAAGCUGUAAUGAACACACACAGGCAAUAAAGUCCAUGAGGUUUUACAGAA